UUGAGGUUAGGUGUCGUAAUACUGUCAGCAAGAAAAAUUUUCCUGGAAAGAAAAUCCGUGAAAAAUCCUAUAAAUUGAGCAAUGUCUUCACAACCAUUUCUCCGGAACAUCUUCACAGACAUCACGGCAUCGAUUCCCAAUCAUCAGCACUACGAUAAGUGCGGGGAAUUCGAGUUGAAUAUGAUGGAGUGCCUGGAGGCCUACGGAACAGACAGGGGCAGAUUGAAGUGUGCUGAUCUCAUCAGUGAUUUCCAAGAGUGUGUCGGCCGUAAGAAGCAGCUGAUGCGUUUCCAUGCAAUGCGCAAUGAGAGACACCGUCAGUGGCUAGCUGGAGAGCGCAGCAGUGAGGAACACUAUGCACCACCACCCAGAGUAGACAGCUACUGAACGUGUCCGGAAGCUAGUGUAAAACCACUGAGGUAAAUAGAUUUGUAAAUUGCUGGGA